AUGUUUGCUGGAUCGCUGAGGAUCGUGACAGCCAUGGACUGGCGGAGGGUCGUAUUGGCGUUUCUAUUGAUCACAAUAGCAAGGCACAGCAGCACACACGCGGCCCAAAUACCACCCCAGCAACAGCCCACCUCAACAGCGGCGAUAGCGAGCACCGUGCAGAUCGAGUGCGCGAGUGAGUCGAUAAUCGUUCACAUCUCGACCGAGGGCAACACGGAUUUCCAUGGUCUGGUCUAUCCACGCGGCCUCUCCAAGAACAGCUCCUGCCUGCAGGAGUACAGGAGCCAGCCCACCCCUAUAACCUACAAUUUGCCCCUGAGAUCUUGCAACACCAUGCCCACCGAAUUGGACGACGGUGGUAUCGAAUACUUCAACACGAUCGUGGUGCAGCCACACCUGAAGCUGGUCACGAACCAGGGCAGGGGUUUUCACGUGAGAUGUCGAUACCAGACUCGAGACAAAGUGGUAACGAACGACCAGACGCACGUGGCCAUGUUGCAGUCCCUGCCGUUGCAGGCAACAGCUCCUAUGCCAGGAUGCACGAUGAAGAUCUUCAGUGGAGAUCCAACGAGGCAUCAAGUGGCGGAAAACGUGAAGAUCGGAGACCCCCUGACCUUGGUUAUUAGCAUCGACAAACAGGAAAUGUUCGGUUUGAAGAUCUCCGAUUGCCUGGUGCGCGACGGUCUAGGAUGGGGGGAGCAAAGGCUCAUAAACGACGAAGGUUGCCCCGUGGACGGCGAGAUAAUGGGACAGUUCACGUACAACGAGGACAAAACGGAGGCUCGGGUGAACUUCCAGGCACACAAGUUCCCCUAUACAGCGAGCGUCUACUAUCAGUGCAACGUCCGACUGUGCGUGAAACACGACGGAGGAUGUACCAACACGCCGCCUGCGUGCAAUUCAGUGGCAAGACGACGCAGGGACACAGCGAACAACGCUGUGAAGGGUGUCGAGGGGCUGGACGGUGGAACCCCGGCUACGAUCGAGGUUUAUAGCGGAUUAUACGUGAACGAGGCCUCGGACAUUGGCUCCAAGUCUGAAUACACCGACGAUGUCUUCAGAGAAAGGACAAUCGACGAUCCAAACAGCAUCUGCAUAUCGCAGAGGAGCUUCGCAAUCGGUAUCGCGAUCGCCGGUCUGAUCCUGAUGCUCGCGGUGGUCGCCGCCAUUUUGGUGCUGCUCGCGAAGAGACGGCACAAGAGCGUCUCGACGACCGGCUCGUCCAUAUACAGCGGCCCGUACACGAACACCGCGUACAGUCACAGCAGUUAAAAAGCACGGGGCAGCCUCGAAUUAACCCAGGGAAUCGAAAAGAAAAAAAGGAAAAGAAAAAACAAAACAUCGAAAAAGUCCGAGGAAUGGAGAACCCUCCAGCGGUCUCGACGAAUCGACGAUCUCGAGCGAACGAUUCCAGCCUUGCUAGAAGAUAGUAUCGAUUCUAUCGGAUCGUGGAGAAUUUAGAAUGGAUUAACGAGAUAAUUAUAUCUUUUGCUCAACUGCCGGAUGCUAUAUAUUGUUUCUUUUUUCGUUCACAGGUGGUAAGGGACAAAAGGGCGAAGGGAAGUGAUGGGACUGAUACGAUACAUAUAAUUAAUGAUACUCAAACGAUUACGAU